UACUAGUGACGGUGUGCUGUGUGCACUCUGUGUGUGACACUGUUGUGUGUGCUUUCAAUCUGAUGAGCUGAUGACUGUGGUCCGGGGUGAGCCGUGCUUCCCGUCAAAAGAAAAGAAUUUAUAUGGUGGACGUGAAAUUAUCCAUAUGAGACAGAAUAUCGUCAAACUUAGAAUCGACUGAUAAUAGCGCUUUCUUCUUUCGCCCAUCAGCAGUUGAGUAUGGUUUGCUGGAGUUGCCAGCAGGGCUGACACAGUUUCAAAGAGUCCAUAUCUACUUCUGAGAGAAAAUGAGUGCUGACCACAACUUGAGUAUUUUCUAUCAAGAAGUAUUUGGUAAUAAUUUGAAGAAGGUCAGAAAUGCCACUUUAUCGGUUGUGGUGGAUAAUCUUAACAGAUUCAAAAGUUGUGGUUCUCAGGACAAGAGAUAUGAGUGCAUAGCAAAGUUUUGUCAGAAUGUUUUAUUAAAUAAAAUUUUACAAAGUGAGCAAGAAAUUCACUUGGAACGUUCAAAGUUGGCUCGCUCAUAUGGAAUUGUUUACAUUGUGGUUUGUGCGUGUAUAUCUGAAAAUGACUCUAACGAAGGAGUUUUGACUCGUGAUGCAGACGUUGUUGUGCAGUCUGUGAUCAGCAAGGAUUUUUAUGAGCUUCGAAAGUCUCUGCAUCAAGAAAAAGUAUCUGUCGCUGGUAUCAGUACCGAAGCUGAGAAACUAAAUCAGCUUCUUAGAUUUGGAAAAUUACAAUACGGUACAUCAUAUCGUCAGGUAGGAGUGUUACUUCAUGGGCCCCCUGGAUGUGGCAAAUCGUCUUUGGUGAAGCACAUAGCUCAGUCAUGUGAUGCAGUGGUUUUGAAUGUAGAAAGUACAGAUGUCCUGCAGUCAGAGGUUGGUUCUGGGGUUGAGGCUCUAAAGAGGUUUUUCAGAAGAGCUGUGGCACUCUCAGAAGAAGGCUCAGUGAUACUAUUUCUGGAUGAGUUGGACACAUUGUGCCCUCACCGUGAUAAUUCUAGUCUAGGCAGCAAGCAGAUCACAAGUGCUCUCAUUCACGAACUGGACAGUCUUCACGGUAAAGAUAUUCCUGGACUGCUUGUGCUUGGUGCUACCAAUGUGAUAUCAUCUCUUGACCCAUCCCUGAGAAGGCCAGGGCGCUUUGAUCGUGAGGUUUUGAUAAAUAUUCCGACUAAAGAUCAAAGGUUAGCCAUUCUUGAGCUGUUUACAAACCACGUGGAACUAGAUUGUGCUGUCCAGCUAUGUGACAUUGCCAUGAGAACUCCAGGCUAUGUGGGAGCAGAUCUCAGAGCCUUGUGUGAAGAAGCAGAGAGCAUGACACUGAAAAGAGAAGGUGCUGUUCCAAAUGUGAAGCCUACAGUCAAACUGGAAGAUUUUGACCAUGCCCUGCAUUGUGUGGCACCUCUCAUGAAGAGAAGCUCUGACUGUGUCAUUGACUUGCAGCCUGUGAACUGGGAGGACAUUGGUGGCUUAGAGGAUGUUAAGCAUGAAAUUCGACAGUCUAUAGAAUGGCCACUUCUGUAUCCUGACGUUCUGCACCGGAUGGACUUGACACCGACUAAAGGGGUUCUUCUCUUCGGCCCCCCAGGGUGCUGCAAGACAACACUUGUAAAAGCUGCUGCAACAUCUUGCCAUGUCACUUUCUUGUCCUUGAGUGGAGCACAAGUCUUUUCUCCUUAUGUUGGCGAGUCUGAAAAAAUUGUAUCUGAGGCUUUUCAGAAAGCAAGGGCUCUUUCUCCAUCAAUUUUAUUCUUUGAUGAAAUAGAGACUCUUGUAGGGAAACGAUCCUCAGAAAAGAAUCAGUCGCGGGUACAGGAACGGAUUUUGGCUACACUCUUGAAUGAGAUGGAUGGUGUCGGCAUCCGUUUGGACAAGAAGACUAACGCUAGCUUGAAUCAAGACAGAGGAAGAUCCACAGUCGGUGUAUCUGGGCCACAAGAGAUGCAGAAAAUGGACAACAGGGGCGUUGGUUGUACUUCCAUAGUGAGUGAAUGUAACUCUUCUUUGGACUUGAAGGGGUCACAAGUGAUGGUGAUAGGGGCGACCAAUCGUCCAGACAUGCUGGAUCCUGCUAUUCUAAGGCCAGGGAGGCUGGAUAAACAUAUACAUGUGCCGCCACCUGAUGCAGAGGCUCGGGCAGCUAUCCUGAAAGUGUACACUUCUAAAAUGUCUACUUCUGACCUGGAUCUUCACAAGAUGAGUCUGGAUACAGAGCUCUACACAGGGGCAGACCUCAAGAACUUGUGUAAAGAGGCAGGUCUAUUUGCUUUGAGAGAGAUUCUCGCCAGAGGUGAUCCUGGCUCGCCUAUUUGUGUGAACAGUCAUCAUUUUGCAAGAGCAAAGGAAAUUGUCAAACCAUCUCUGUAGUAAUACUUGAAAAUGCAAUUGUAUGUUUUGAAAUGUGCAAUAUUUUUCUGAAAUCAUUUAAACUGAUUUUUAUUGGUCAUGUGAUAUGGCUUCGUAUUUGUCAGUUUUUUCCCACGUGUUGGCUGGAUACUGCUUUAAUAAAAUAUAAUACACCUUUGAC